AUGAAUGUCGAAGUGUGUAAAAGGUUCAAGAAUGUAUGGGAGGAUUUUCCCGAUAAAUUGGUUAAUGAAAAGUAUCAUUUUAAUGAUGAUAAACUUUUCAAAACCUAUUGUACUAAUAAUUGUACUAGUUAUAUCAAUAAAAUGAAUGCUGGAUUUUUAUAUUUUUUUAAUGAAUUCUUUGGUAAUUCUUCUGUGUUUGAGUCUGUUGCAAAAAGUAAUAUCAAUAUUGUUGAAUACAUUAUGAUAUGGUUAAGUUAUAUGUUUAACCUAAAGAAAGAUAACAGCAUUAACACUAUAGAUAUGUUUUAUAGUAAUUAUAUAGAUAAUAAUAAGUAUAAAAAUUCUAUAUACGAUGCUGGUGCUUAUAAUAGUUAUGAUGAUCUUAUAAAUAAAAAAAAAGAAUUGAUGAAUAUGAAGAUUAAAGAUAUAUCUAAAUUUUAUGAUCCAUUUAAAUUAUUAUGUGAAAUGUAUAAUGAAUUUGAUGAAAAUAAGAAAGAUUGCACACAAUAUUCGGAAAAAGCUAAACAAUUUGUUGAAAAAUAUGAAAAACUUAAUGGAGAUCCUAAUAAUACUGAUGACAGUUCAUAUAAACAAUUAUUGUGUACUUUAUCAACUGAUUAUGAUAAUUUUAAAAAGAAAUGUAACGAUAGUUCAUCGCUUCCAACGAUAGACAAAACAAAAAUUCCUGAAAAAUGUUCUAAACAAAUUUCUGGACACAUUUCUGAAGUUACAUCAUCAAGUUCGUCGAUAGCAAGCAAAUUAAUUCCAGUUUUAUCGAUAAUAGUUGCAGUAGCAAUUUUGUUAGGAAUUUCUUAUAAGUAUUCGCUAUGUGGAAUUCGGAAACGAGCUCAAAAACAUUUGAGAGAAAAGCUAAAAAAAUAA